UUGCUUUGCGGCUGACGCGACCGGGGUGUGGGAUGCUGAUGCUGAUGCUGGUGCCGCUGUUGUGGGUGCUGGCGUUUGGACAGAAAAAUUCUGCGGCCGCCACGAUCUCUGCCACAAGCUGCCACGAUGCCUGCCACGUUUUUGGUCCCUUGGACGGCGUGGCCGACAAAUUGGGCGACAAAUCGGCCGCUGGGCCCCGGUCGGCUGGGAUGCGCGAGUCAGCCUGGAUGGGAAUGCGCAAUGGGAGCCUGUUGCUGGACUCGUUGGCAAACAGACGACGGAUGCAAGGACGGGCAAUAGCGUCGAUGCACAUGAGCAUCGACAUGGACAUGGGCAAUGGACACGGGCAUGGAUAUCGACAUCGACAUGAGCAUCGACAUGUGCAGGAGCACGGCUCGAUAGGCAGGGAGCCGAACGAUUGCGAAUCGGCAGCCACUGACCAAGGGCCGGGGUGAUCACCGUCAGAUCGGCCUGAGGACGAACAAUCAUCGCCAGGAGGCCGCGACGGAGCAAACGACAUCACCAGGCAGCGCCAGGAGGACAACGACCUGCAAGGAUCCGUCUG